AUGCUCUCAGCUGCAUCGAAAUUUUAUCAGAGAAGCCUGAGCUACGCCUCUAGCAAAGUGGAAGACAUGGAUAUCAAGAAAAUAUUCGAAGAACUCAUCAAUCGUGGUGCUGACGCCAUGGCGCAAGCCAACGAUGGCAAAACACCUCUACACUACGCUGUGCGCGCUAGCUCACAUGUUUACGUUGAGCUGCUUCUGGACAACGGAGCUGGUCCCAUCCAACCAGACAGCAACGGAGACACUGCCCUUCACCACUUCGUCCAGACCACGUAUAAAUGGAACGAGGCUCUGUUCAAACGAUUCCUUGAAGCCGGAGUCGACAUCAACACUCGAAACGACAGAGGAGAAACACCACUUUUUAAGUUCAUUCAAGUCGGCAACGAGCGGCUAUGCGGCAGUCCUGGAGAGAAGACGUACAAGACCCCGACAUUCAACUUCUUCGAAGAUUCAGGUGCUGACAUCUUUGUGCGGAACAAUGAUGGGUCGACAUUGCUUCAUAUUCUCGCGGGCAUAGCACCUAAGAUGUUGCACUUGGGAAACGGCCUAAUAUCUACUUCGGUAGGCGUGAGGCGAUUUAAGCGUUUGAUGGAAUCAGGGUUGGAUCCUAUGGCUGAGGAUGGGAUGCAAAGGACAAGUGUAGAUGUUGCGGCUGCUUGUGGGAAUGAGCAUGUUCUGAAGUUGUUUGAGAGGAAGCCGAUGGAGUAG